UUCUCGAAGAUGGUUGAGGGUAUUCAGGUUAAAGAUAAGUCACUUGAUGAUUAUGAUGUGAAAGUUUCAUCAAUUGAUAAGAAAGACAAUGGCUCAGUUCAGCCAUAUGAUGAUCAAACUGGGAAGAAGAAGAUAGAGAAACCUGAAUUGACUAUUAUUGACCAUCCUACUAUUGGAAUGAUUCCAAAGGCUGAAAAGGCAGAGCAAGUUUCAACAGGAUGGCCGGAUUGGCUUUCUUCUGUUGCUGGUGAAGCUAUCAAGGGAUGGAUACCAAGGAGCGCAAAUACUUUUGAAAGGUUACAUAAAAUUGGGCAAGGAACUUAUAGUACUGUUUAUAAGGCACGUGAUGUGACUAAUCAAAAGAUUGUUGCAUUAAAAAAGGUAUAUUUUGACAGUCUUAAUCCUGAGAGCAUCAAGUUUAUGGCUAGAAAAAUUCUUAUUCUUCGUAGGCUCAACCAUCCAAACAUAAUAAAGUUGGAUAGCUUGAUAACAUCAGAGACAUCCCACAACUUGUACCUUGUUUUUGAGUAUAUGGAACAUGAUCUUAAAGGGCUUGCAUCAAAUCCUGCCAUUAAAUUCUCUGAAGCACAGGUAAAAUGCUACAUGCAACAACUUCUUAGUGGAUUGGAUCAUUGUCAUAGUCAUGGUGUCAUCCAUCGUAAUAUAAAGGGAUCAAAUAUUCUCAUUGACAACAAUAAUGUCUUAAAGAUUGCAGAUUUUGGUUUGGCAAAUUUUUUUGACCCCUAUCAUAGUAUUCCAUUGACAAGUCGUGUUGUAACUCUUUGGUAUAGACCACCAGAACUUUUACUCGGAGCAACCCAUUAUGGGGUUGCUGUAGAUUUAUGGAGCACUGGUUGCAUAUUAGGAGAACUAUAUAGUGGCAGACCUAUAUUGCCAGGAAAAACAGAGAUUGAGCAGAUACAUCGAAUUUUCAAACUUUGUGGUUCCCCAUCUGAUGAUUAUUGGAUGAAAUUGCGAUUGCCACUUUCAACAGUAUUCAAGUCUCCACACCAUUAUAGGAGAUGUAUUACAGACACAUUCAAGGAUUAUCCACAUGCUGCUGUGAAGCUUAUAGAGACUUUACUAUCUAUUGAUCCAACACACCGAGGGACAGCUGCCACUACUCUCAAAAGUGAGUUCUUUACAUUAGAACCUCUGCCUUGUGAUCCAUCAAGCUUACCAAAAUAUCCUCCCAGCAAAGAAAUCGACACCAAAUUGCGAGAUGAAGCAAGAAGAAGGCAGUGUUAUGCUGGAGAUAGAGAGAAAAAAAUUGACUCAAGAGUUGGACAAGUAUCAAGGACACAUGUCACGUCAAAAGACAAUAUUGGUUCAAAAACAUCAAUGCAGAUAGGAAAUGAAUCAUUGUGA